AUCAGUGUAGCAGCCCUGUUGCCCAUCGGGACCUGCUUCAGGAGGUGGCGUUGCUGUCCGAGUUCCACAACCCGAGCGGCAAGACGGCAAAAAUCGACCCCGAGAAGAUGUGGGUUCACCCGAACAUCGCGCGCUUCUACGGCUUCGUGGUCGAAAAAGACAACAUGCACCUCCUGAUGGAGUACGCCCCUCACGGUGACCUUCACAACUACCUGACCUCCUGCCGCCAUCUUUGUAUCGAAUCCGGUACCAUGGCAACGGACCAGGACAGGGAGUUCGUCCGGUUCGCACUGGACGUGUCGCAGGCGCUGGUGGAGCUGCACAAACAAAAGAUCGUGCACCGUGACCUGGCCGCCAGGAACGUCCUGAUCUGCGAGAACAGGGUCGCCAAGAUCUGCGACUUUGGGCUAUCACGUGACAUCUACAAGGAGCGAGAGUACGUCACACCCGCGGCAGAGACCGACAGGGCCAGACUGCCGAUCCGCUGGAUGGCGUUAGAGUCGCUUCAGGACGGAACCUUCACCACUAAGACAGACAUAUGGUCUUUUGGGAUUUUGCUGUGGGAGAUUGCAACCUUAGGAGGCACGCCGUACCCGGGCAUGUCUGCCGACAGGGAGAUCAUCAGCUGGCUGGAGGAGGGGAACGUCAUGGAAGUCCCGGAGGACUGCUGCCAGGAGCUAGGUGCCCUGAUGUGUGCGUGCUGGUCUGCCAGUCCGGAGGCCCGGCCCAGGGGACAGGAGAUCGCCAAUCAGCUCAGCAGCCUGCUGGCACUGGAGGCGGAGGGUUACUUCUUUACGCCAAUCUGCUAUGAAAGUCAAACGGACGCAGAGACGGACGUGGAUGACGUUGUAAUGGAGAACUCAGAGGAGAACAACAACGAGGCCAAUUAGUAGCAUCCUCCAAACUAAUCUUGGAGCUACAAAGACUAGGUUGGAUACAAUAUGAUGAAGACUCCGUUAGUCGGCAUGAGAAGGACAAGUAGGACCAGUAAUCAGAUGAUAAAUGAGAUAUGUAUUGUUAUAAAGUAGAAUUAUACAUUUAAUGAUGUAAGAUCUCACUUAAUCCACAAUGACUAAUGUAUUCUACUACGGCUAUAUAGAAAGAGAUACAGAAGCUACUAUGUACAUGUUCAACUUUUGCUCACAUCUUAGAGCAACUAUAAUAUGGUUUAUCUAAUACAUGGCUUACCUAAUGGCACGAGAAAAGUGGAUUUAUACAUAUGCUACUUACUAGGAAUUUACAUUGUAUACGCCUCUGCUCAGCACAUAUUCUGUAUAAUCAGAGAGAUCAUGUAAGCAGCUUUAGAAAUACAAUAAUGUAUAUAAUAAUGCAUAAAAAUGUUACAUAAUAUAUAAGUAAUAUAUGAAAAAAAA